AUGAUUGAUGACGUAGUUGUUGGUGGAUACUGGUUAGUUGAAGAAAAAAUCGGCGAGGGAUCCUUCGGCGAGGUCUUUCGAGCAAAGCAUAUUACAACCAAACAAUUAUAUGCAAUAAAGAGAGAAGCUACAUCCAUAGAAGAUCCCCAACUACCACACGAAUACAAAACUUUGAAAUUAUUAGAUGGUUAUGAUCACAUUCCAAAGGUUCACUGGUUUGGAGAAAAGUCUGCUUGGAAUUGCAUUGUGAUGGACUUGCUUGGUCCAAGUUUGCGUUCUUUAAAUCAAGCAUUUCGUUCUUUGCCAGUAGCUUUCAUAAGUGAUAUUGCCAUUCAAAUGGUGUCAAUUCUAGAAUACAUACACAAUAAAGGGAUAGUUUAUAGAGAUAUAAAGCCUGAUAAUUUUCUUUUGGAAAAAUGUUUUCCUAUAUCAUCAGAUAGGAUACUAAUGUAUAAUACUUUUGACGAAACUCCUGAAUCAAAAUUACGCGACUUUCAACUUUUAAUUGGAAGAAAACAUAAAGUAUUUUUAGUGGAUUUUGGUUUAUCAACCAAUUACGUUGAUCAAAAAACCGGAUUCCAUAUUCAAAAAAAUCAAAAAAUGUUGAAAAGUAAAACUGGCACUGCUCGUUAUGCUGCUCUAAAUGUUCAUCGUGGAUAUUAUCAUACAAGACGCGAUGACAUGGAAUCAUUAGGUUAUGUUUUCUUGGAGCUUCUACGUGGCUCACUUCCAUGGUCUGGCGUUAUAGCGCGUAAUUCUCGACAAGGUUGGGCAAAAAUGCAAAGAAUGAAAGAAGAACUAUCACUUGUUGAAUUAUUUGAAGGCCUCCCGACUGGAUUUAUGACUUAUCUAAAUUAUUGUAGAAAAUUGGAUUUUGACCAAAAACCAGAUUAUGAUUAUUUAAAAAAAGUUUUAUCUGAGACAACAGGAUCUGGCUCUGAGGCAGAAUUAGUAGUACCAGAAGUUAAAUGGUUUGAUGAUGUAUCAUUUAAUAAUGCACCACUGUCACCAUUUAAUCGUGCUAAAAAAUUUUCAAGCCGACAACGAAUGAACAAGGAUUUUACUACAAAAGAACAUUGUGAUCAUCAUGGAAAUCGUAAUGAUAAAAAAUCCGUAUAUAUUAAACGACCCGUAGCAAAAGGAGCUUGGUUCAUUUCAAAAAAUCCUGGUGCAGUUUGGGAUCAAGAAGUAGCAGCUAUUGAAAAUGCAUGGAAAGAAGGUUGUUCAUGGAAUGGGAACAAUGUUAAUUAUAAAUCAAAAUCUGUAAGGUCUACACCCACAAAUGAACAUUCUUUUAACGACAAUUUAGAUAAUUUUAAUCACCAUAACAAAGCUUAUUCUUUACCUUGUCAAGAAACUGGAAAAAAAAAUGAUUAUCACCAAGCAAAAAAUAAAAAAUCAAUUGGGAAAACUUGGAACAUGAAAUACUAUAAUGAUCAAAAAUGGGACAAUGUUGAAAAUACAUGGAAGCAAGGGCGUGCUUGGACCCAAGAUAAUGUUGAUAGUCAAGAAUUAAGUUCUAUACCAUCAACACCAAUAAACGAAGGCGGAAUAAAUUUUUGGAGCUAUAAUAUGGAACAAGAAUUUCAUGGAUUUGAUGGUGGUUUACAAAGUUCUGACGUUAGACAAAGAAAUCAACAACGUAAUUCUGAUGAAUCAAAACAUAGACCGGAUCCAAUAAAUCUAGAACGAUCUCAUUCCUUAACAUCCAAAAAAAGUCGUGAUUUACAUGAUUUACAAUCUAGACGUCCUUCAAUUCCUUCUCCAUUAUCUAUAUCUAUACCACCUAAAUCGAUUUCUAAUCCUGCAAAUUCGGCAGUAUUAUCACCUAAUUUUACUUCUGGGUCUGAUUAUGGUAACAAAAAUAUUUCACUGGGUCCAAGAAGAAGUAUCCCAAACAUUCGUAAUAAUAAUAAUUCACUCGCUACAAAAUUUUUAAAAAGAAGCGUACCGAACUUACGAGACGUUGCAAAUAAUAAUGUAGUUCCUCCACUAUCAGCUACCAUAAAAAGAACAAUGGCUCACAUGCAAGAUGCUCAGCAAGUUCCAGCAAUAAACACCAGGAAACAGCAAGUUAUUAAUUCACGUUGCCUACCAAGAGAAUUCAUACAACAGAAUUCAAAUGAAGAUACACAUUAUGCUAGUCAUAAUGUAAAAUAUUCAAUUCAAGAUGCUAGGUAUUCGCCUCAAGAUGCUCGCUUCUCCCUGGAUGUUAAUCAUAGAAAGCGUUCAAACACUUAUAGCCACAAUUAUUUUAAAAAAGCUUAA